AGCGCGUCGCUGCCCUGCCCCGGAAGUGCUCAUCUUCCCGGAAGUCGCGCUUCCAGUCACUCGGUCUCUUUCCGCCGCCAUCUUGGGCCCUGCUACCCGCACAAAAUGCCCGGUGAAGCUACAGAAACCGUCCCGGCCACGGAGCAGGAGCUGCCGCAGCCGCAAGCUGAGACAGGGUCUGGAACAGAGUCUGACAGUGAUGAAUCUGUACCAGAGCUUGAAGAGCAAGACUCCACACAGGCCACAACACAGCAGGCACAGCUUGCAGCAGCAGCUGAAAUAGAUGAAGAACCCGUUAGCAAAGCAAAACAGAGCCGGAGUGAAAAGAAAGCACGGAAGGCAAUGUCUAAACUGGGCCUUCGCCAGGUGACAGGAGUAACCAGAGUCACCAUCCGGAAAUCUAAGAACAUCCUCUUCGUCAUCACAAAGCCAGACGUGUACAAGAGCCCGGCGUCAGACACCUACAUAGUCUUUGGCGAAGCGAAGAUCGAAGACCUGUCGCAGCAGGCCCAGCUGGCUGCUGCCGAAAAGUUCAAAGUGCAAGGAGAAGCCGUUUCAAACAUCCAAGAAAACACACAGACCCCCACUGUGCAGGAGGAGAGCGAGGAAGAAGAGGUUGACGAAACCGGCGUCGAGGUGAAAGACAUUGAGCUGGUGAUGUCGCAGGCGAACGUGUCCCGAGCAAAGGCAGUCCGUGCCCUGAAGAACAACAGUAACGAUAUUGUAAAUGCUAUAAUGGAGUUGACGAUGUAGCUGCUGGAGGGAGGAGCCUUUUUUGGUGUUUCCAAGAAGAGUAAAAUGCAACUAAAUUUAAAAUUUGUACUAUUUCUAUCAAUUAAUAAAAGUUGUGGCUUAUUGUUGAUGAAAC